UGAGGACUUUGUUAUGUCUUGUCGCCCAACUGCGAAUGAGAUAAAACGCAUCUUGUUCAGGAAGCUGGGGUCCAGUUACUGCAAGAUCGACCGGAAUUGGCCAGAUGGAGACAUUCGCCUGGCGGCCCCCAGUUAUCAGCCACCAGCUGGCCAACCGGACCCCAAUGCUCCCUAUCGGAAUAUGAUAAGGGAUCUGAGAACUCGCCUAGAGGCUGCUUUCCCUCUGCAUGUGAACACGGGGAAGAUAGCUGCAUGUAAGCAGGAAGAUGGGGAGACUGUCCAAGAUUAUCUAGUCCGCUUGACAAGAGUGCACACAGAUUACAGCGGGCUGGAAGCACCUGCACAGAGAGCGAACGAUGCAGAGCACGUGGGCCCAUGGGAAGCACACUUGCGUAAUAGCUUCUUAUUGGGACUGAAGCCAGAACUGUCUAGCGCCAUAAAACAGCAUUGUGUGGGAUUUGUCAGACAGCCUCUCAGCGUCAUUGAGGAUCAUGCCAAACACCAUGAAAGCUUCCUCAACUCAGAAACAAAGAGGAGAGAGAAAAAACGAGCAGACACGAUGGAUCAAGCCAUGCUGACGAUGGUACAGCAAGUUGCAGCCCUCCCCACCAGAGCUCCGCGCCAAGGAGGCCGAGGGAGAAGACAGGGGAGGGGUCGAGGACGAGGCAGAGGGAGAGGAUUCGCUGGCAAUGGGCCAGCCUUCCAACCAAGUGUGGAUCAGAUGGGUGAAUGGGAGAAUCGGUGCUAUAACUGCGGCCAACUUGGACAUUUCGCCAGAGACUGUCCAGGACAGCCCACUCAAGAGAAGUGACGGGCGGCGGAGAGGCAGGAUGGCGAGGCGGGAUCCACUGACACACCAAAAAGGUGAAAGCCGUACUACCUCAAGCAGCUGACCAGCCCUUCCACGACCACAAGCCGGGUGACUGGGUGCUGAUCCGGGACCUGAGGAGGCGGAGGUGGAACCAGCCCAAGUGGAGGGGACCUCACCAAGUGCUCCUGGUCACCCACACUGCAGUCAAGGUGGAAGGACGAGGAACGUGGGUACAUCACACUCACUGCAAGAGGGCUCCAACGACACCUGAGGAAACGACUUCAACAUGAUGUACAUCACACUGUUGCUUUGCCUCGUCUCCCUGGCAGGAGCUUGGGAGACCACUGAGAGACAGUGUGCAGGUAACAGAGCCUGCAUGAUGUCUGUUGUGGCAGCUAAUGCUGUGGACCCCGACAGACAUUGCUUAGUAUGCCACAAGUUUGCCGUCCCAUGGGUUCCAACACCACUAGACAAUGCUACGGCUGCUCCACUGAUCCAGAACAUGUCAGACUGUGGACUGAACACAGGGGUGGGGUUCAUGUUAAAUGUUUCCCAAGAAUAUUUACUGACUGGGCGGAUGCCUGUAUGGGCCACUAAUGGCACCCAAGCUAUCGCACAUAGACCCAAUGAUUGUGAAACGAAUGGUCCCAGAUAUUCACCUCAGUUUCAAAACAUAUCUUUUUCUGUAAUACCCACUUAUAAUGCUACCAUGUGCUUGUGUUCAGUAGGUGUCCCAGAUGGCCCCAUCUUAGGUCACACCCAGUGCCGGGUCAAUUUUACUGCCCUAAAUCUAGAAAAUACUAAUUGUUCUGUCUCUACUGGUAACAUCACCCAUUAAUUCCAGUCUACUAACUGCACCCUACUCAUGUACACCCAAACCUCGGGUCCGGUAAGCUGGGUCUGUGGUCAAUCGGCCUACACUGGGUUCCCAAUUGCAUCGCAGUAUAACUGGAGAGGGUGCUGUACUCCCGCCAUAGUAGUUCCCAAUUUAGCCGUGCUCCAUAAGCCCAUUAGGACUAGGCGAGGUGCCUCAACUUACAAUGGAUACACCCUCGCUGACCCCUGGACCUCCCCAGGGACAGCUGUGGGGUGGUCUGUGUUCUUAGGGGGAGGCACAACAGCAGCCUUGAAUAAGAUAAAUGGCCUGGCAUGGCAGAUACUAGUCUUGGCCAAUGAAACAGAAAAAGCUCUCACCUUAGUGAAUACUGAGAUGGCUGCAAUUAGGCAUGCCGUGUUGCAGAACAGAAUGGCUCUUGACCUCUUACUGGCUAAGGAAGGAGGGGUCUGUAAGGUAUUGAACACCUCAUGUUGUUUCUCACUCCCAGAUUAUUAUAGAAAUAUGUCUGAUCUCAUUGCUCACAUGCGAGCAGGCAUUCAGCCUCCGCCACUUGCAGAUGACUCCUGGUUUAGCUGGCUGACAUCUCUGAUGGGCCCAUGGGGACACUGGAUUGUUACUAUGUUAAUACCAUUUAUAUGUGUGUUACUCCUUGUGAUAUGCAUUGCUCCCUGCAUCUCUAAUUGCAUUUCUGCCAUGGUUGCCCGCUCCUUUACUGCUCAAUAUCACAUGUUACAGAUGGACUUUGUGGAUGAUGAAAAUCACCCUUCUUCUGAUUCUUUGAACUUGCGACAAUUAUUUAAUGAGGGGAAGUAGAGUUUAGAAGUUGAUUUAGAAUCAAAGGGGGGAAUUGUCGUGGAAAUGUAUUUAAUAGUGUUGAAAUAUGACUUUUGAGCUUUUAUGCUUAAGGAUGAUUCUAAAUGUCACAGUGGCCGAGAGGUAGCGGGAUUGUUUUGUGUCUCAGGAGAUAAGGGGAAGUGACCUUGCUAUGAGAACAGAAGCAGAGUGGGAAGAUAGAUGCAGCAAGGCAGUGGCGCCUAGCCACAAGGCUACGGGUCGAAACUGGAUGUUUUGCCUUGGCUGCUUGCUGUAAGCAGGUCGUAUAAGUUAACAUGUAGGAGAAAGGUGUACGAUUGAGAACAAUGCUGACUAAUGCUUACUGCCAUAAGAGGAACGUAAGGGCGGGGGAACAACAGAAAGCUAUAAGAAGCAAGACACACAGUGAAAGAGGUUAGGUAGGGGAGAGAGAAUACAUUUUUGUUAUGAUCACUUUUAAUAAACUUGCUACUCACUCUUGA